GAGAAGUCAUUUCGGAUCCGUGUGAUUCUGCUUCCUCUCUUUGAUACCCUCUCAAGGUUCUCAUUUUCAUGGCGUUUUGAUUUGAACCCAAAACCAAAAAAAUCCUCAAAAAAUUAGAAACCAAAAAGAAAAAAACCAAAAAGAACAAACAUUACCCAUUAACUGUACAUGAAAUCAUCGUUCACCAGAAGAACAAGAAGAAAAAAGAAGAAGAAACUCUCACUCUCUUUUCAGAUCUAUCAAUAUCAGGUCACUUCACUCUCUAAAAUUUCUGGAGGGCCAACUUUUUUCUGGUAAUUUUCCCACUUUCAAGUUUCUUCGAAGAAAAUGACUGAGAUUUCUCUUUGCUCUUAAUUUAGGAUUCAGGUUUUUUUUUUUUCCUCCGUUUCUCAAUUUUUUCUUUUUUUCCCUUUUUUUUGUACAGUUAGAUGAUUAAUGGUUGUGAUCUACGAAGAUCUUGGUUGAUUCGAGGCAAUAGAGUUGUGGGUUUUUUAUUAUUACCAUGAUUUUCCUUGAAUCUAUGGAGUUUUUGAUCCAGUAUAUUUAGAAAAAAAGUGGCCUGUAAAGAGGAUUUAGUGGAUUAAGAGGAGAUUGGGUUAUCAUUGGACCGAGUUAACAUAGGAUCAGUGGGUUUUGAUUAUCAAAAUUAAGGAAAGUAUGGAGACUCUUGUUGUGGUGGCGCAUCAUAGGAAUCAGUACUGUAGCGGGGUGAAGCCACACGGACCAGCUCGGUUUGGGUCAUCACCAUCUAGAAAUUUCAGAGGGAUUAACUGUAGAAUUUUUCAAUCCGGCGCAGGAUUACUACCAACCCCGUUUAAUCAUAGCUCUACUCCUAUAACCAAACGGCCAUCUUCCCCUCACUUUUCAGCAUCAUCAUCUUCCCCAAAUACACCAUCUCCUUUAGCCAAUGGAACACACUCGAAAACCGCCAGGAGAAGCUCUCCUAUUCCUAUCAAGAACAACGGAGACCCUAGAAAUGAUAAAUCUUUUAAUGAGGAGAUUGCGGGGGAAGGUUUUCUGUUAUCUGAGCUUUGGGCUGGACCUGCUUAUUCCAAUUCACCGCCACCUAGCUCUUUGCCAAUACCCAAAUUCUCACUUCGUGUGAAGAGGACCAUAUCCCUUGAUUUACCUGCUGCUGACCAUGUUGUUGAUGUUCACCCAACUGCCAAGUCUGCGCCUGCAUCUCCUACCAGGGAGCUUAACCUUUCUGUGGCGGAACAUUUUCAUAGUGCUGACUCUGAGUCUGCGACUAAGACUUUACGUCGCAUUCUCAAUCUUGACAACACCGAUGAGUAGAAAGAGCAAAGGAGCUUUCAGCUCCCGUAAAUAAGUUUACUGUGCAAAUUUGGAGUUAGUUUUAGAUUGUAUAUAGAUUGAGUAAGAUGGUUGGCAGCAUGGAUCAGUAUGAGUUUUUUUAGCUUUCUUUGGCUGGUGGAAUGAGAAAAAGUUAUGGCAAUGCUAGGUCAACAAUCUCUGGAUUUUGCUUUAUGAAUUGAUGGUUUGUGAGAGUUUGGUGCUGGUUAUGAAAAACUUUGAUUAACAAGAUGCAUAAGGUAUGUGAUUUAUGGCUUUUGUAAGCUUGGAUGGAAUGGAAGAUGACUCAGGCUGUUCAGGAAGCUGAAGGGAGCUUUACAUUAGAAUCUAAGAUUGUCUGUUCUCUCCUUUCGCAUGAAAUUGCAAAGAUUACUGCCUAGUUAUCUCUUGGGCUUGAAGGAAACUAUGUACUUGUUAGCUGACAACUUUACUACAUCAAGUCCUUGGUGCUUAGUGUUAGUUCAGUUGUUAACUUUGACUAAUUUUUUCCUUUAGCAUCAGAUGCGAUGUAUAUACUGUAAUCUCUAGAAUCUCCACUAAAUUUCUUUCCCAAGUUCCUUAGGUUUCUGUUUUAUUCUUUUUCUGAUCAUCUUAAUUUCCUUGGUCUUCAAUCAGUGUCCUUUGUUUCUACUAGUCUAACUUUGAUUAGUCCCCUUGUUACUUUUUUCAACCUGUCAACUAGCCUGCCUAGAUGAUCGUUCGUUUUCUUGCAACUCUUUUCCUUUGUCCUUCAUUGCCUGAAUUGGCUGCUUAACUAUCAAAUAUCUUCCAUAUGCUCUUCUUUCUUUUGGUAAGGAUUUUUCUCCUCUACACUCUGCAGGGUUGUUUUCCCUCCUCACCACCUUUUUCUGUUUUUUAAAAAGGAAAAAUUGGGAAGAGGAAGUAAAGUGGUUAUCUGUAACUUCUGCUUCUGAAGCUUGUUAGGUUUUCCAAUGUUGCCAUGACCUGUUGCAAGUAUUGUUAAUGUCUUGUUCGUCCUAAUGGGUAAUUCCACUCUGUAGUGUUCAUAGAGCCCAUCUUUCUUGGAGAUUGUUGACCGUGCCAAGCUACUUACAAGGAAGCUACUCGGAUAAGUAUUUCAGGAGGCUUUGUUAAAGUAGAUGUGUUCUUGUUAGUUGUAGUCUUCAAUGCAAGUCUUGUAGGAACCGUAUCUGGUUCUAGCACUUCUCUGAAAUGUUUGUUAUAGGUGUAUUUGCCUUCCUUUUUUUUUUUUUGGGCCAAGUGUCAUCGCCUUUCAACGUGUUCUUUAAGCAGUGGCUUAUGUUGUUUUGGACUAGAUUUCUUUGAGCCAUGUUAAUGUUCAGGCUGCGGUAUGUUCUUUUGUUACUAGUGUUUUUCAUUUGUAUUUAUGCAUUAUGAUGCUUUUGUCAAGUAUGUUGGAAUGUCUAUUUAUUGGAAUGUUAAAUUAUCAUCGUUGGCAAGUAGUUUCCUCUUCGAGCCCGGUAACUAGAGGCCUCGAAAUGCUCGUGUUCAUUUCGCAAAAGUUCAAAUUUGGGAGUGAAAUGGAAAAUGGGCGAAGCACCUGCCCCACUCUUCCCAAAAAAAAAGAGUCAGUAUUAGUUCUUUCGUUGACUCGGGCGUCGGUGUAGUUUAAAGGUGAACAUUAUAUGAACUUAAAACACCACAUUGUUACAAGUCCUGAGAGAAACCGUCAGCUUUGUCCCGGACUAACAAGCUACUCAACGAAUUUGAUGGUUCCCGGUCAGUGCAGAGAUUGUUAAGUGUCGCCAGUUUUUUGGCGAAAAGUCGGCACUGGAAUUGGCUUCUGUUGAAAUGUGGAUUAUCUUCACCCUUUCAAACUUCCUGAAGAGGGUCUCCUGCAAUCGAAAACAAGUGGGGAAUCGAUUUGAUCACUAAUUAUAUAUCAUAGCAGAGCAGCUAACACAUCAGGUUCAAGUUCGAAGAACUCUAUCCCAGGAUUUACUGUCAACUGAAGACCAUUCCCACACUUGUCACUGCCCAUAGCUCAGCCAUCACACUAGAGUAGAACCCAAUACUCCUGACAAAGCCCCAAUAUCCACAGCCUUAACUUAUCACGAAUAAGACCGGCUUGCUCUCUCUUCCCUAGGGGGCAGGAUUAGAAGAGGAUGCUCCAUUGGUGUUAGUUUGUUAGGUCAAUCUUGGAUUUACCCCUCUUUAUUCUCAACAUUAAAGAGUAAUCCUGCUGAAAGGGUUGAUAACUUGUAGUUGAUCCUUUUGUUCUCCUUUCUACUCGGAUUUGGGAAGCCUACUGUGAAAA